AUGCUUUUUGUGAGACGAUGGCUUGUUUUUCUUGCUGUGACUGCUACCGGCGUUAUAAUUGUUAGUACUUUAAAGCCUCUCGCCCUUCCCCCAUUCACAGGCAAUUUUGCAUCUGCAUUCCCGGACCAAGCUUCGACAAACUGCCCAAGAAAACCACCCUCACCAGUCGAUAUCCCUUUGGGCAGCGGCUUUAGUUGGCGCGACGUUGAGAUCAAAAACCCGGUGCAAUUAUUCUUUUCUCUCCCGACCAGCGAAGCGGCUGCUCUCCCCAAAGUUCAGUUUUCAGGCCGGAAGUAUUUCACCCAUCAAAAGGCCUUGGAACAAAGCCAAAGGCGAGAGGCCGUGAAGCAGGUCUUUCUGCGGGCAUGGAAUUCAUACAAGUCCAAAGCGCUCCCUCACGAUGAGUUAGCCCCUGUGUCAGGCGGUUUCAAAGACACUUUUGGCGGAUGGGGUGCUACCCUGGUUGAUAGCUUAGAUACUCUCUGGAUUAUGGGCCUUAAGGAUGAGUUUGAAGAAGCCGUCGACGCCGCCGCCAACCUAAGCUUCAGCCCAGACAGCUCGACCUUAUCUACGGUCAACAUGUUUGAGACCACAAUCCGGUAUCUUGGCGGCUUUCUUGCGGCGUAUGAUCUUACCGAUUGCAAGGACGCAAGACUUCUGCAGAAGGCUGUCGAAAUGGGGGAUAUGAUCUAUGCUAGCUACGACACACCUAACCGAAUGCCGGUCACAAGAUGGAAUAUACGUGAAUACGACCAACAGCAGCUCGCUGCCGAAAACGGAAUUAUUGCAGAACUCGCUUCAUCCAGUCUCGAGUUUACCAGAUUGUCACAGCUGACAGGUGAUAUGCGGUACUACGACGCAGCAACGCGAAUCACUCGGCUGCUAGUUGACCAACAAGACAAAACUCAGCUCCCCGGCAUGUUUCCAACCGCUAUAGCGACGCGAGAGGAGGACUUGACACAAGGCACCUCCUUCGGGUUCGGCGCCAUGGCCGACUCGGCAUUCGAAUAUUUUGGAAAGACAUGGCAACUCCUCAAAAGUCGAGAGCCUCGAUACCAAAGGCUGUACCAAGGCGCGAUGAACGUCGCCAGCGACCAUCUUCUGUACCGACCAAGCACGCCCGACCAAGCGGACAUCCUCGUGUCUGCCAACUACCACACAGACUCGCACAGCAGAGACGCGCAGUUCCAGCACCUCGCCUGCUUCGCGGGCGGCAUGUAUCUUCUGGGCGGACGCCUCUUUGAAAACGCCACCCACGUCGAGAUCGGCAAAAAGCUCGCGGACGGCUGCGUCUGGGCUUACAAGAACGCGCCUCUGGGCAUCAUGCCCGAGAUCGUGGAGAUGAAGCCCUGCCCGUCCCUGUCGCCUUGCCCGUACGAUGCCAACCAAGCAUCCCCCUUCAUCGCGAUAGGCGACCCGAAGUACAUUCUUCGUCCGGAGGCGAUAGAAAGCGUCUUCUACGCGUACCGUGUCACUGGUGACGCCAAGUAUCAGGACGUGGCUUGGGACAUGUUCCAAAGCGUCAACGCCUCGACGACGACGGAGUUUGCCAACGCCGCUAUCUCAAACGUGAUGGUAGGUCCGCAUGAAGUGAGACAUGAUGAUAGCAUGGAGAGCUUUUGGAUGAGUGAGACCCUGAAGUAUUUUUACCUCGUCUUUUGUGACGACGACGUUGUUAGUCUCGACGAGUGGGUGUUCAACACAGAAGCACACCCUUUCCGCAUCCCAGCAGGCUGA